AUGGCUCGAUCGAAAGUAGCACCGAUAAAACUUCUUUCCAUUCCACGGCUUGAACUGAAAGCAGCAGUCUUGGGAGCGCACCUGAGUCACACCGUUAAGAACAACCAUUCCCUUCCUAUUCAUCAAAUUUUCUACAGGAGUGAUUCUCGAACUGUUCUCUCCUGGAUUCAAAGCGACCAACGUCGUUAUCAGCCGUUCGUCGGCUUCCGUAUCGGAGAAAUUCUGAGUCUCUCCAAGCUGACAGACUGGGGCUACGUUCCAACCAAGCUAAAUGUAGCAGAUUCGCUCACCAAAUGGGGUCGUCUUCCGGAUCUUUCGAGCGAAGGUUCAUGGUUUCGUGGCCCGGAGUUCCUGUACCAGCAGCCGUCGGAAUGGCCUCAACAGAAUCUUCCCGCUGCAAAUACACGAACGGAAAUUAAGGCAAUACACCUUUUUCACGGUGUGGAGCUUCCAAGUUGCUUUAUCGACGUGACUAGAUUUUCGAAGUGGAACGUUGCAGUUCGCACCGUGGCGUGCAUUUUCCGAUUCAUCUCCAACUGCCGGCGCAGAGCAGCUGGCAAAUCCAUCGAAGCAGUCCUUUCGACUCCAAAGCUUAAAAAGCUCAUCAAGGUUGAAAUUCCCUUUGUAGUGGUUCCGUUGCGGCAAGACGAGCAUCGAUGUGCCGAAAAUACUCUCUUCAGGUUGGCUCAGAGCGAGUCGUACAGCGACGAAUUCAAGAUAUUGAAGAAGAAUGCAGAAUUACCUUUUCAAAAUUGGUUUCCACUAGAAAAGUCCAGCCCUCUCUACAAGCUUGUGCCCCUGAUCGACGCCGAUGGUGUGUUGAGGAUGGAAGGUCGUUCUGAAAAGGCAGAGUUCCUCCCUUUCGAUCUUCGCUUUCCGAUAAUUCUACCAAGAUCUCACUACGUUACGGAUCUUUUAAUUCAACAAUACCAUGAAAGGUUUGGGCAUGGAUUUCGAGAGACGGUGAAGAAUGAAAUCAAGCAACGUUUUCUGAUUAGUGGUUAG